CACCGUGCGGCACGGAAGGGCGGGCGGAAGAACUGUGUGCCCACAGCUCGACGUCACCAGAGCUGCUUCUAGCCAGGGAACUGUCCAACCAAUCCGGUGCCUGCAAAGCGGCUUCACCAUCAGAGCGAGGCUUGGAACGCAAGCACGACCUGCCAGCCAUAGCCGCACUAUCCAAUCGCUGCGAGCCGUCCGAUCCGCUUCUGGGGGGCGGAGCCGGAUGUUAGGGUUUGAAUUUGCGGGCAGUUUGAAUGUCUCCUGGUGAGGAGGGACAAGGAAGGACCGGGACGAGGAUUGUUGGAGUUUAUACGGGGAGCUCGAGGCGGCGCGGGAGACAGACACCCGGUGCUGGGGAGCCCGGCUGCAGGUAUUGCAAGAUUAAACUGAUAGAAUGAGUCAGAUCACUCCUACGUCGUCCAUGAGUUUGCCUUGCAUGCUCUGUGGCCGGCAGGAUGAUUGCCCUGAAAAAUAUGGUGAGAAAAAGACAUUGCAUAACUUGACAUUGCACUAUAACUGUCUGCUGUUGUCCAGUGGUAUAUGGCAAAGAGGAGAAGAGGAUGAAGGACUAUAUGGCUUUCUUUUGGAUGAUAUUAAGAAGGAAGUGAAUAGAGCCAAAAAAAUGAAAUGCUGUCUAUGUAAAAAUCGGGGAGCCUCAAUUGGCUGUGUGACCCCCAGGUGUAAAAAGAGCUACCAUUACCCUUGUGGGGUUGAAAAAGAAUGCAUCUUCCAGUUCACAGAAAGCUUCAGGUCAUACUGUUGGGAUCAUCGGCCUGUUCAACUUGUUACUUCUUCUCAAGUUGGAGGUUCCUCUCAUUGCACCAUUUGCCUAGAAAAUAUUGAACACACCCCUUCCUACCAUGUCUUGCACAGCCCUUGCUGCAAAUCCUCCUGGUUUCACAGAGAUUGCUUGCAGUAUCAGGCACUAAGCGCUGGUUUGCAUUUUUUCCGCUGCUCUGUGUGCAACAAUAAGGACAAGUUUCAGAACGAAAUGCUGCGCAUGGGAAUCCAUAUACCAGAAAGGGAUGCAUCAUGGGAGUUGGAGGAAAACGCGUUUCAUGAACUACUAGAGCGAUAUCAGCACUGUGAUGUUGAGAUGUGUAUUUGUCCAAAUGGCCGUGAAUUUAACAAACCAGACAGUAAAUGGGAAAUUUUGCGUUGUCAGUGCUGUGGAUCCAAGGGUACGCACCUGGCUUGUUCGUCCCUAAUGAAAUACAACCACGGGUGGGAUUGCACAGAAUGUAAGAACAUUGUCUGUACUCCUGGCAAGAGAUCUCGUCCUGGAUCUCUGACUCCGUCGGAAACACGCGGGCAUCUGGGCUAUGGACUGAACCAGCCUUCUCCAAAGAGCCCCAGAAAAAGUGUGGUGGUAAGGCCAAUUCAUACCAUCUCUGGCAUCCUUCAAGACCUAAGACUUCAACUGUGUAGAAAUCCCAUGUAUUUGCUAGUGAAGAAGGAGUCUAUUUGGGACAGUUCUGUCAAGGCUUUUCGCAAGUAUAGCUUUUCACCAUUUCACACUAUACAUGUAAAGUAUAAGGAGUUUAACCUGCGAAAAGCAAACCAAGAGCGUAACGUCUCCACAUCAGAGUAUUUCCACCUUCUGCUCAAAUCACUGGAAAAUUCUAUUCUUUUUGAGGGCUCUGAGCGGAAAAAUCUUUCUAUGCAUCCUGAUGCACAACGUGACAACCUGUACUUUGAGGCUGGCAGAAUGAUAGCGGUUGCGCUGGUUCAUGGGGGGCCAGCUCCAGGCUUUUUCUCUCGCACACUUUUCUACUGCCUCAUCUACGAGCCUCAGCAUGUGCAGCCAAUAUUGGAUGAUGUUGUGGAUCCUGAUGUGCUGCAAGCAAUACGAACGAUUCAAUCUUGCCACAAACGUAAUUCUCUUCAGUCUGCAGUCAAUCAGUACUUUGAAUACUUGCAGAAUACCGGAAGCCUGCGCCUUGUGCACGCUGUAAGUGAUAAGGUGCUGCUGGUCAAUGACAUUCUGGCUUAUCACGUGAUACGUAGAGUGCAGCAGCAACUUGAGAGCUUUAAACUAGGUUUGAAGACCCUCGGUGUGUUGGAAAAGAUUCAGGCUCACCCCACUGCUUUUUGGAGUGUCCUCUGCAUGAAACAAGAGAAGUUGACAGCCAAGUUGAUGGCAGACCUAUUUACAGUUGCAUAUCCUGAAGACAUUUACACAAAUCGGCAAAGUGACACUUGUUUCUGGAUUGACUACCUAGAAGACACAGAAGAGGGGUCUACUGCAGUCUCUUUGGAGAACAUUCUUGUAUUUGUAACAGGCUUGGACUCAAUUCCACCAGCAGGUUUUAAUCCUCCGGCUACUGUUCAUUUCAGUCACAGAGCUGUUCCAACUGCAGAUAGAAAACAUAACUGCUUAAAGCUUCCGAUACUUCCAAGUUACAUAGAGUUCCGUAGAAGUUUGGACCAGGCCAUAUGUAAAACUUUGCAGAAGGUAUAGCUGAACUUCCUCAUUUCCUUUGGCGUUCACCUCUAACACCGUAUUUGGAAAAGAAGCCAAAAAUGCUGCUGUGUUUUUGUUUGUUUUUUUUUCCCUUGACCCGCCAACAACUUUGGAAUCCCCAUCUGUAAGACAUUGAAAAAAGUACCCACAUUGUUGCGACAUUUUCAGCAAAAUGUCUUUUUCUACAGACUGCCAUUUUGUGCAACAACAAAGACUGCCAUUUUGAGCAUUUUCUCAGGAGACCAUUUCUGAUGAAAUUUGGAAUUUUUUUUUUUUUUUUGGGGAGCUGUUGAGAGUUAAGACAUUGAUUAUAUAAAAAUGUUAUAGCCACAUAAUUAUACAGAAUAUACAUUUUAUGUCGACAGUCACAUGAAAUUUAUCUUUGCUUUGGCGUUCGGCCUGGCUAGAUAUUUGAGGAAAUUGUUCUGUGUGCGCGUAUGGUGGCUUUUUAUUUUUUAUUAGAUUGUUUAGCUGUCAAUAGUUAAAACAAGUUGUAAAGUUGAAAUAUUUAUACUAUCAUGCAGCAAUAUACAAGUUAGGCACUGAUUAGGUUUUACCCUAAUUAAUAACUGCACGUUUCAUCUAUGAAACACAAAAAAACCAAAUGCCUGUAUCUAUAAAAAGAAGAAAAACAACCAUUAUUUUGUACUAUUUUAAAAUGUGCCACUUGUUUAGUGAAUUACACAUUACAAAUAUUUAGACAUAUCAAACCUGUCCCAUUCAUGUUUUGUGGGCCUCAAUAACUGGCUCCUGUAUUCAUGUGAGUAAAUGAAUGGAAACAAAUUUGUUGCAAAGCAG